CUUUUCAUUGGAACUUGAAACUUUUUUUUAUGUAAUUCAAUAAAUAAGCAUUCUUUUGACCGUGACACUAAAAAUGCUUGUUCCCGGAAGAUUAACGCUUUUACGGCUGAAAAAUCUGUACAAUCGAAUAAGUUUCAAAUAUGUUUCUCAACAGACACCGAGGAAUCGUCCCCUUUCCAGUACUGGUGGUAAAAGACUUUCGAAUUAUUUGCUUCUAACUUUUCCAGCCACCACAUUCUGCCUUGGAACAUGGCAGAUCAAAAGAUAUAAAUGGAAGCAGGAGUUGAUACAAAAACUAGAAGGGAGGCUAUCAUUGCCCCCUAUUGAUCUACCAGAAGACAGUUCAGAAAUGGAGAACUUGGAAUAUUUCCGAGUGAAACUAAGGGGUAAAUUUGACCACAGUAAAGAAAUGGUUAUAUCACCAAGACAAGAUUACAGUCCCAAUGUUAGACGAGGACCCUAUCCAGAGCAAGGUGGUCAUAUUGUUGUGCCUUUUGAGUUGACGGACAGUAAAAGAAGGAUUUUAGUGAACAGAGGUUUUGUUCCGUCUCAACAAAUCCCUCCAGCCAAUCGUCUAGAAGGUCAAGUAACAGAUGAGGUAGAAGUAACAGGCGUCAUCAGAAAAAGUGAUAAAGUUAGUAGAUUUCUUAAAGGUAUGAAUAAGCCACUGAAAUAUGGAUACUUUAUGGGACGAGAUAUAAAACUGAUGUCACAACUGGCACAAACAGAGCCUAUAUUUAUUGAUGCAGAGUUAUCCAGUACAGUUAAAGGGGGGCCUAAAGGAGGGCAAACUAUUGUCAAAUUAAGGGACGAACAUUUACAGUAUAUAUUUGUGUGGUACACUUUGACUGCCUAUAUGCUCUAUAGAUGGGUUAAAUUCAACAACAUGCCGAAACUGAAUAUGAUAAAAACCUUGCAAUCAAAAUUUUGAGGCGAGAGAUAACAAGACAUAUAUCUGUGAAUCUGCAGUUAAUAAUGGUCUCAUAAUGGAGUGGAUGAUGCAAAAUUAGUGAUUCUCCAAAAUUUGUACCAUUAAGGAUUGAUGAAAGGUCUUUAUUAUUUCAUAUUCUAAUAAAGGUAUUGUAGGCUACAUAAAUAUGACAAAUAAAAUACUUUUCAGCUUCUUUAGUAACAUAAUUGUAGCAGAAAUGUGAAAUUACAACUCACUUCAAGGAAGCAGUCAUUCUUGUUCCAAGGUCUCCAUAUUUAUACAUUAUCCUGUCAGAAAUGUACAGAUAGAAGGAUUAAAGAAUUCAGGAAAGAUCUUUUGGUGUCUUUGAUUGAAGGCAUAUCAAUACUAACCUUGCUUGAACUUUAUAUACAAGGCUAACUUAUUAGAUUUUUGUUAAUCUUUAUCAGAAGAGAAUAUAUAAUUUUUUUUAUAU